AGUAACAAAGGGUGCGGGUGUCCAGGGGGAGGUGCGGGCUCAAGGGGCGAGCCCAGAGAGCAGAACGGGCCUGUCGGUCUGCCGUGGGGCGGGCAGCGCCCAAGCGGGCCCUGGACGGGGAGAGGCCAUGAGGGGGAGGCGGUGUCUCCCUGAGGGAAGCGCAGGGGCCGGGCGUGAAGCUCCCGCCACGGGCUGUGUCCGGAAGGUGCAUGGGGCGCUCGGGCCGGGGAAACGGGAGGGCGGAAGGUCGCUCCGGGGCGGGACUUGGGAGCCGGGAGCUCGCGGUCCUUCCGGUGAGGCGGGGCUCCCUCGGCUCUCCCCGAGCUCAGCCUCGCCCCUGCUCACAGCGCCGGCUGGAGGCGCGCGGGCCCAGUUUUCCAGAAUGAUGCCAAGAAAAAGAAAGCGGUUAACUCCAUUAAAUGCUGUCCAAAGUAAACCUAGCUUCUCUCCAGCUGACACCUCUGGGAGCCUGACAGUUGUUCUUGAUGGGAAUUCCUCUCCAGUAAGCAGCAAAUACUUCAGUGAAGAGAAGAGGACAUCUUCCCGGCUAGGGACAGACUUUUUCAACCAACCCUGCAUCAGCCUGGCUAAAUCAUUUCUAGGACAGAUUUUAGUUCAUAAACUUCCUGAUGGCAGAGAACUCCGGGGAAGGAUUGUGGAAACGGAGGCAUAUCUGGGUGGGGAAGAUGCAGCUUCCCAUUCAAAGGGAGGGAAGCAAACUGCAAGAAAUGCAGCAAUGUUCAUGAAACCGGGAACUCUGUAUGUGUACCAGAUCUAUGGGAUUUAUUUCUGCAUGAAUGUUUCCAGCCAGGGGGAAGGGGCUGCAGUCCUGCUCCGUUCCUUGGAACCUCUGCAGGGCCUGGACACCAUGAGGCAGCUGCGAAGUGCUCAGAGGAAAGGAUCAGCCAAACCCCUGAAGGACUGGCAGCUGUGCAAUGGGCCCGCCAAGCUCUGUCAAGCAUUCUCUGUUAACAAGAGCUUUGAUCAAAAGGACCUGACUCGGGACACAGCAGUCUGGAUGGAGCCUGGCUCAGAAGCACCGGGAGAGCAGGCUGUGGUGACUGCAGCCCGAAUUGGUGUCAGCUAUGGUGGAGAGUGGGCACAGAAACCACUGAGGUUUUAUAUACGAGGGAACAAAUGCGUGAGUGUUGUGGACAAGAAGGUGGAGAGCGAGCAAGGUGCUGCAGACUAGAGGUGCCCAGUGCUGAAUGCUGCAAUCUCACCAGUCACAUAAAGAGGAACUAGCAUCUCCCUUGUCCCUGACAUAAAGCCUCUGUCUGAGGAGGUACAAUUAAACUGACUUCCAUUCCAGCAUAUCACAUUGCAAACUCAUCUCUACUUUGAUGUUCAUCUUCAUCCCUUAAGCAGCCAUGCUUACAUAAAAUAUAAUUAAAAACAAGUUUCCUUAUAUCCGCUAAAACAGAGAUUGCCAAAAAGAAAAUGUCAUCAAUCUGAUUUAUCUUCCCACUAUUUAUGCUCUGCAAUCACUUUUUGCAUUCUUUCUUGUUGGGCAAUGAAACUAGGUUAGUUAAUUUCACCCUGAGGUGCUGGCCAGCACUGCAGUGUUUGGGGUGCUAACACAGCAGUUGAAAAUUUGUUAAAAAAAUCCAGGACCAAUAAACAUGUUACCAUGGUUUUUAAAAAAUGUCAAGGGAACAAUAUUUUUUAAGGCUCAGUUUAAACAAGUCCUAACUGUAGAACCAACUUGCUCAGAUAGUGUGGCCUAAGCUUCAUCCAGUAUCACUACUCCAAUAUUUCUCCCUCCCUCUGCCUGCAUGAGCUUCCAAUUAGUUCCCCCCACAACUGCUAGCUACAUUCUUCCAAGCUGAACCACACUAUGUCCAAUCGCGGCAGAGCCUUUUGUAUUAUCUUUCUGCACUGCGGUUUGGAAUCACUCCUAACUGGCAUCAAAGUAGUAAAAAAAUAGACAACUUAUUAAAUGAUCUAUUCUACUUCCUCCCCAUCUCCUGCCAGUGCAAGACUGCUUACUGCAGUGGGCAGUAUUCCCAUCAGUAUAUUUAAAAUAGCUUCUUGGGCACAAGUGAUUAUGACGGGAUUGUCAAUGAUGCAGCCAAAGCAGGAUUCUUGCAUUUGGAAAGAACCAUGGAAAGGCUGGGCUGGAAGGGAGCUCAAGAGGCCAUCUUGUCCGUUCCUCUUUCCCCUCCACACUGAGGCUGGAUUAAGCAGACCUAGACCAUCCCUGACAGAUAUUUGUCUAACCUGUUCUUUAAAACCUCCAAUGAUGGGGAUUCCACAAUCUCUCUAGGUAGCUUGUUCCAGUGCUCAACUCCUUAGAGUUAGACAGUUUUUCCUAACAACCAACUUAAAUCUCUCUUGCUGCAAACUAAGUUGAUUAUUUCUUUUCCGACCCUCAGUGGACAUGGAGAACAAUUGAUCACUGUCCUCUUUAACAACCUUCUACAUAUUUAAAGACGUACGUCCCCCCUCAUCCUUCUCUUCUCUAGACUGAAACCUUUCCUCAUAUUUUCUAAACUACUUAUUUUUGUUGCUCUCCCCUGGACCCCAAUUUGUUCACAUAUUUCUGAAAAUGUGGCUCCCAAAACUGGACACAGUACUCCAGCUAGGGCCUCACCAGUGCAGAAGAGAAUAAAACAAUUAUCUCCCGUGUCUUACAUACGACACUCCUGUUAAUACAUCCCAGAAUGACAUUUGCCUUUUUUUGCACCUGGAUGAUGUUUUCAUAUCAGAUAAUGAUGAAAUACUUUCCAUUCCAAUAGUAAUUAUGGAGGAUGUUAAACAGUAUCAACUAAAGUUAAAUAUUUUUAUAAAUCAGCAAGUCCAAAUAAGUAGCAUCAAAAAGAGUUUGAAAAGAAUUAGCCAGAGAGCUUUCUGGACAGUUGAUGUUAAUAUGUAAUAAAUUUUGUAAUAAUGAGGAAGUUCCAGAGGACUGUAGAGAAGCUGAUGUUAUUAUGGUAUUGAAAAACAAACCAACAGGAUAACCCAGGUAAUUUAUAGGCUUGUUAGCCUGAUAUUAUUAGGGAAAGGAAAAAAAAAAAAGCUAAUAUGGAGCAUAAUUAAUACCAAUCAACAUGGUUUUAUGGAAAAAAAUGUCAAACCUAAUGUUUGAUGAAAUUACAAGGUUGGUUGAUAAAGGUAAUUACUGACAUAAUAUAUUUGGAGUUCUGUAAGGAGUCUGAAUACUUCACAAUAUUCUUAUUAAAACAUUAGUAUGAUGUAAAAUCAAUAUAGCUCAUAUUCUGGGGAAUCAUCCAAGGGGGGUGGUUUUAGGGGGGGUCCUGCAGGGAUCAGCUCUCAAUCCAACGCUAUUCAUUAUUUUUAUCAAUGAACUGAAAGAAAAUAUAAAACCAUUGCUAAUGAUGUUUGCAGAUGAUGAAAAGACUGGUGAGGUGGUAAACAAUGAGGACAACAGGUCACAGAUACAGAGCAGAAUCAUACAUUAAUGAACAAAGAAUGCAGGCCACACUUAUAGGCUGGAGUAAUGUAUCCAGGAAAGUAACAAUUCUGGAAAGGAUUAAAAGAAGAGUUAUGAUGGAAACCAAACUCCACACAGUGUAAUGUGAUGCUACAGCUAAGGCAGCAAAUGUGAUCCCUGGAUAUAAAAACGGGAAUAUAAAGGUGGCAUUACCAUUGUAUGCAGCAUUGGUGAGACCUUUACCAGAUUCUUGCACCAGUUCUGUGUCCACAUUUUAAAAAGAACAUUGAAACAUGGGAAAGGGUUUAAAGAAAAAGCCACAAGAAUGAUUUGAAGUCUAGAAAACUACCUGACAGUGAGAGAUUUAAGCAGCUCUAAUUGUUUAGCUUGCCAAAGAGAGGGGAAAAGAAGUGACUAGAUCACAGUCUAAGCCCUGGCCUACACUACACGGUUAGGUUGAAUUUAGCCACGUUAGGUCGAUUUUAUAAGCAACGCGUCUACACAACCAACCCCGUUCCAUCGACCUAAAGGGCUCUUAAAAUCGACUGCUGUACUCCUCUCCAGCGACGGGAGUAGCGCUAAAAAUCGACCUUCCUGGGUCAAAUUUGGGGUAGUGCAGAUGCAAUUUGACGGUAUUGGCCUCUGGGGGCUAUUGCAGAGCGCUCCAAUGUGACCGCUCUGGAAAGCAUUUUCAACUCCGAUGCACUAGCCAGGU